CGCCUCUUUUUGAUGAAGUUCUGGACUUUUGGGAAAUUGAAACAUGUCCUUAAAUAUUCUAGAAGACAUCUCACAACAAGCAGUGCUGCGCUGAAUUCAACAGGAAUUUCCGUUACUCAGAGACUCAGAAAGAUCCAGUGUCCUCUUUGUCCUCCAGUUCUGCCCCAAUUUUACUCAACGAUGGACGCGUCGAACAUUGCGGAUGAGAGUUUCCCAUCAGAUGUGCUGCUUAGCGACUCCUCAGGCGAUGAAGACUGUCGUAAGUCAUUUCCUGGCAUUAGUAUUCAGAAGACACCGGAAAACCUGGGCCAGAAACGCUCAAAGUCAGUGGAUGAGCUGAGCCAUUUUGGGACUUCAAGGGGCGACGACUUCAAGACUUCAAAACGCUUCAAGGGGCCUAAUCAUUAUCGCAAUGUGCCCAGCAAGGUGGCCCAGUACAUCUCCGCCUUGCCGAAGCCAAAACCAGUCACCAAGCGUCUUGCGAAAGUGCAGACGAUGCCAGAGAUGCGCGCGCUGGAUGAGCAGGUGUCGGGGCAGGAGCUGAAGAGGACAGAGGCGGAGAAAAAGGUGGAAGAACUGGUGGGCUACAACGCUAAGCUUCGCCGGCAGAUCCAGGAGAUGGAAGCGCAGCUGAAGAAUGCCCGGGAAAGCGAAAUAGCCACGAUUCGACCCUCGGAGAUUGUCCACGAGGCAGACGUUGGCGUCCGGAGGCGUUUCGUAGCGCCCGCAGAGGAACCGGAGACAGUCGUGUUCGACAGCUCACUGGUGAAGCAUCGCCACGGGAAGACGCAGCAGCUGAAGAAAACCGUGAAGAAGCUGCUGUGCUGCACCGGAAGCGACACUCAAUCGCUGGCUCGUGAGAACUACACGUACGUGAAGCUCACACACAAUUCCCGGACCUCUGAUUAA